AUGAAUGCCCACGACAGCACAGAACAGACUAGUUCUGGCAGUGUGACCUGCUGCAAGCUCCAGGAGCUGGAUCCUAUACUGGCGAGGAAUACAGAUGUUAUUCCCACAUGCACUACAGAUUAUGGCCCCUUUCUGGCUUGUAUCAGGAAUAGCGUGGCCAGCAGGACUAGGGAAGCAAUCAUCACCCUGUACUCAGCACUGAUAAACUCCGAAGAGCGUGUUGAUACAGCUGAUCAGGAGACAGUCUCUUGGGAUCGCAGUAUUCCUGAAGACAUAAAACAAAAAAUACAACCUAAAGAGGUUCCAGCAGAAAGUGUUACUGUCUGGAUCGAUCCGUUAGAUGCUACACAAGAAUACACAGAGGAUCUUCGCCAGUAUGUCACCACAAUGGUUUGCGUGGCUGUAAACGGUAAACCAGUAAUAGGAGUGAUACACAAGCCGUUCUCAAAAUAUACAGCCUGGGCAAUGGUGGAUGGCGGGUCAAACGUAAAAGCACGUUCCUCCUACAAUGAGAAAACUCCAAGGAUUAUUGUAUCCCGCUCCCAUGCAGGAAAAGUUGAGCAGGUUGCACGGCAGACGUUUGGAAAUAAGACUGUGAUAAUCCCAGCUGGUGGAGCAGGUUAUAAAGUGUUGGCCCUCCUUGAUGUGGCUGAAGAGAAUCAAGAAGAAGCUGACGUGUAUAUCCAUGUCACAUACAUUAAGAAGUGGGACAUAUGUGCUGGAAAUGCAGUGUUGAGAGCAUUGGGUGGCCAUAUGACUACCCUGACUGGUGAAGAAAUUAGUUACACUGGCUCAGAUGGCAAUGAGGGAGGACUUAUAGCCAGUAUCAACGUGAACCAUAAAGCACUAAUUGAAAAACUUCCAGAUCUGGAAAAAACAUCGCACAAAUAAACUGACUGAUGGAGAAGUACAAGUCAUGCUUCUGUAGCCUCCAAAUGCUCUGUCUGAAGAAGCGGGUGUGAAAAUCUGCUGGGAAAGAUGCACAGCAAAGCAAAGCAGUUUGGUGUGGGUUUGGGGACUAUAUCGUGCAUUGGGUUUCUUCAGUGGUGGUAUUUAAAAAAGAAUAAAAUAAUAAUAAUCAGAAGUAGGAAGGGGACUGACUGCCUCACACUUGAGUUUCCAUGGGUUUUUUUUUUUUUGAGACUGUUUUCAUGCAGUCCUUAUACUAAAGGUGCAUAUACAGUGUAUACUUGUGAACAUAGGUGAACUAAAGAAAAAUCCAAAUUGAUUCAUAAAAUAACCUAAGUAGUUCUCACAGGAAUUCCUUGGAACCUUUUACAUCUUGUUACUAUAGUUGUAGCAACUCCAUAAUGAAUUAGGUAGGAAAAAAGGUUGAUCUGUAUAGGCAUCUGAUAACUCUGUAACCAAUUUAGCAGGAAACAUGACCCUGUGUUCUGUAUCCCCUGAUCAGAAAGCACAAGAAGGUUGACACAAAUUUAUAUGCAGCAGCAGUUUAUCUUUGACAGUGUGACACUCCUUCUGCUUUUUAAGAGAAAAAAAGAAAUGUUCUGUACUAUUUUGACUUUUUUCCUGAAGAUGUAAACCAGUUUAGUUCAGAUGGGUUGUGAAUAUCAGUGUUUUAUUAAUCAGUGUAAUUAUUUCCAUAUACCUUUUAAAAGAAGGGAACGUUUCCUUGUAUAGUUUUUAAGAGUUACUUCUUGUCCUUGAUUUCUGCGUACAGUGUUGAAGAUGCAUGCUAGAUUUUUCUCUAACGUAGGACUCGUUCAUCAUUUGGUGUUUGUGCCUAUAGCAGCCUCUUCCUUCAGUACCUGGGUUUUUGUUUCUUUCUUUCUUUCCACUGGACAGAGUCAUAUGGAUUGAGUUUAACAGAAAUAGUAAGUUGAUUGGUUGUUUCCAUUUACAACAUGUGAUAUAAACCAGCAAUUUUUCUACAAUCCCAGAAAUAGCUUUCUGUCUUUUUAGGUUAAGGCAUGCUCUUUUCUGCAGAAAGCCCUUGAGCCAUCCCAGACAGCUUGUGGUUACUUGGUUUGUGGAAAUUUACACAGUGACCAUUUGAACUGGAAUCUGUUUAAGCAAGUUUGAAGAACAUGUGGCACUUGAAGUACAGCAGGGUCUGCAAAACUUUACCAAAAAAUGUGCUUUGUCGCUCCAGUAUACACAAAACAGAACAUGGGCCCUUUGAUAUCAAAUGAUGAUUUGUUGCACCUCUAAAAUAUGUGGACUUCUGUCUGCCAAAAUGUAACUGUCUGUAUUGUUGUUCUCUGCACCCCUCUGAAGCUUUUCAGAAUGUUAAAAUGUACCUGUUAUUUGAAUUAUCAGUGGAUAAGCUUCUCAUCUCUCCUCAAGAAAGCUAAAGUUCUUAGUUAAUACAGCUGUUUUCUGUUCAAAGCUUAUUCAGUAUAAGCUUAGGCUGUUUAAAUUCUUAAUUACUUUCAUUUUAACUUAUUUUCAUCAUACUGCUGUUCUGAUAAAGAAGAGGCUUUUCUCCUUAUGUCAGUAGUGGAGCAUGUCUAGAUACCUCUUUGAUUUCUAGCUAAUGUUCACAUUUCCAGAAGACCUCCUCAGAUGUUGCAUAACUACAGAUAUGAGCUUUUAUUUUGUAAACUUACUGGCAAAGUAGACUGAAGCUUAGUCCUACUCGCCUUUUGGUACGGGUAGUUUUUUUUAGAUAACUCUUUUUUCCGAAAUUGACACUAUUGCUGCUGUUUGAAAAUAGCUUUUACACAUGUAGAUAAUACACAAAGCAACUUAACUUCCAAUUUUUAAAUUUAAUAAACUGCUAUAUGCUAUGACAAAUAAGUGAAUAUGCCCUUUUUGAAAAGGGGCUGAUCUAUUUUGAAAAACUUGAGCUUCCAAACCUCAGUGAAGAAUAAAAAUACAGAUAUUUAUCAAGACUUUAGUAAUAUUUUACAAGAAGACUGCAGCUUUUUGUCCUUUGGGCUGAUUUAAAUUACUUGGAGCCUAAUAAAAAAACAGCUCUUUUAUUAGUUAAAGAACAUGGAUUAAAAUUUAAAUAUGAGAUAUAGCCAUAGUUAGCCUAGUAUAAAAACCUCAUUGUGUCACAGAGGUUGAAUGCACAAUAUUUAAAUAGGCAAUUAAGACAAAGUCUGUGACAGGUUUAGAUUCAGGUUGAAAUCAUGUGUAAACUUACAUUGUGAAAAUGUGACUGCUUUUAUUUUGGGUGCGAUUCUAUCACUUCCUUGCAUAAGCUGUGAUCAGACUUAGCUUCUGUAUGAGAAAUGAAAAAUAAGAUGUUACAUAUUGUACAAGGGCUUACGCGCAUCUAGUUGAAGGUGCGGAGCAGUAAACAGAAGUAUUUGCCUAAAUUAUUUUUCCUUAGGAAGGUAAGAUACAAAGAAGAACUUCAGCCCUCCUUUCCUGCUUCCCGUACGCUGGCUAAAAUACCUGGUCUUCCAUCAGGAAGCCUGUGCUUGUUUAGACCCGUUAUGUCUUUAAUUGCUGCGUUGCAGUGGAUCACGGUGUUCAGUACCGUUCACAGUGGACCCUUACUGGCCCAAUCUCACUUCUUGUGAAAAUGAAGAAAGGGCAAAAGUGAGGUGCCCCGUUAACUACUUCUGGUACAGCCUGAGCCUCAUACAGCUUUCCCACAGCUAAGACCUAAGGUGGUGCUUGGGGUCUCCCAGUCUGCUUUAAAAGAGGAGCUGCUUUGAUAUGAGAAUAGGAAAGCACCUGGUGAGUAUCAGUUUCUAAUGCCAUUCUACAAUAAAGGCAAUUCUUAUGCAGACCAGCAAGUACUCAGAAGUGCUUGCAUAGUGCACAUGUGCCAGUGCACUUUGGUAUUUGUAUAGCAUUAACACUCAGUAUAUCCUAUUUCUUUGACUAUGUUUACACUCCAUUCUAAACCAUUUUUCUGUUCUGGCUUAAAUAUUUGUUUGGUCUCAGCUGUGUGGAUAUGACUUAAGCUUAUGCCCAGAGUGGUAGGAAAUCAUACCAUACCCGUGUCUUGCUGCUGGGCUAGAACAUCGUUCUUUACAUUCUAGCCUUUUCCACAUAAAACUGUUACACUAUUUUUAAGGAUGCUACUUAAAACAAUUGCACGAUGUAGGUGGGUCCUACAAAAGUAUGUCUUUUCUAACAAUUUUAAUUUAAAAAAAUCAUGGUUCCAUUCUAGCUCCAAACAAGGGAAAUAGACAAUGUAUUGUUUUAACAUUGGUUUUCCAAUAGUGGAUUUUUUGAGUGGCUAUUAUGAUUAAGGUAAUUGCAAGUGAAAUUAUUCUAAAGCUGUAUGCAUUUUCUCUUUCAUUCUGCUAAAAAGAGUGGAUGGUAGCAUAGAUGACACCUUGUACUGUACCAAGAGUCCUAACUUUCAUUCCUCGAAUGAAUGCUUUCUAAAUAAAUGGACACAGAAAUAAAAGGGUUGAAUAUUGUACCUAACUGGUUUCCAGUUUAACCUAUUUGCCAGACUUUUACAGAUGGACUUGUAUAAGAGCUGUUUGUUCUGAUCUACAGGGCACGUAAUAAUAAUGAAAAUAUUUAGCAGAGAUGACUUACUCAGAUGGCAAAUUAACCGUGUAGGUGAAGCUGCAAAGUCAUCUGGUGAUGUUGUUUCAUGGUCAUUAGUGUGGACAGAUUUUCUAAUGGACUUCAGGUGUAAGAAGAUUUUUUUGUUUGUUUGUUUUUAAAUGGCCAGUGGUUGGAGAUGAGGGGUGUGGAGAGGGACCAGAACUGGCGUUCGUCUCUGCUUUUUUGUUUAUAGACAAAUGUACCCCAACAUCUUUGUAGCGUCCUCUCAUCUGUUGGAGUGGUACAACAGCGGUGUAAUACUGUGUACUCCUGGUUUAAUAGUGCAAAACAAGGAGCCCGCGUCCCCCAGAGCAGUGCAGUGAGAAGGGAGGGAGCGUUGUGCUGGGCCUCCUGGGUGACACCAGCCGAGGCUGGCUGCUUCCUUGUCUCCUGGAUGGUGUUCCAGUUGCGGUUUCUCUGAUGGCAAAACUGCUUUUGUAGGCUACUCUCUCCCCGGCUAUGCCCAACCCCUUUGUGGAUCUGUUUUCUGAAGUAAACCAGAGAAGCGGAGAGGAAAGAAGCAGAUGGCUGUACUGGAGAAAUUGUAACAGAGAAUGCUUAUUUCCAUUUCUUGAUUAAAAUCGCAUCGAUUGUUUCCCUUCUCUUGUCCUUCAGUGGUUAGAUAACCAGUCAAUUAAGAUUUAAUGGACCACAGAUAAGUGCCUGCAUGAUUUUAAGCCCAAGCGGGAUGAGGGUGAGGGAGACUGCCUCUAACCCAGGAGGGCCUCAAUGGAUGGGUUCCUGUCAGCCCAUUCCCGCUGAGCCUUUUUUCAGUGCUUUGUGGCAGAGAUUUAGGUGCUUUCACACAAACAAUUACAGAUUGGACUUUGCCAAAAUAUCAUUCAUAGUCUGUCUUCUGACCUGCUAUCCUCAGUGAUAAAACUGUGCUAUAUCCACUGCACUAUAAUGCAACUCAUUGAGAGAAGGCCAUGGUAACUCUAAGGACUCAGAAGAUUGCCUGACUUGUGAACCACACCUUCCGUAUGGCAGCUCUUAUGCUGAAGUGCUGUGAGCAUCUUCCCACCCCACAAGCAGGUCAUGCCACUCACGGGUUGCAUCGAGGAGCUGUGGAAGCCUUGUUUUCAGAUGCUACACCAGCUCUCUCAUCUCUUCUGAGAGGGGUUGAGAAGCACUCAUCCAGGUUCCUUCUGAGGCUCCCUCUGGAGCCAGCAAUUAGGUGCCACUUUUCUCUCUUUGCUGUACCUCAUUUUUUCCAUUCCUUCCCGAUCCUUGCUCCUUUUAGUCCAUGUGGACAAGAAAAAUGAGAGAUCAGAGGUGGAAACAGUCCCAAAACAAGCGUGCCGCAGCAGCAAGCUAUCCAGUUUAUCCUCAGGCUGUUAAUGUUUGGGACCAAGGUCUAAGGUGCUGAUCCUACCAAAAGCGUGAUAGAUGCCAACAAAAUGAAGGCAUCUUAAAGAGAAGUUUGUGUGAUUGGUGGUACCGGACAUGCAGAAAAGGUGCAAAUGGACUAAGAAGUUAAACUGUCUUAAAGAGGAGGAGAAGGAAACAGCUUUUUCGGUGUAAUGUUACAAGCAUUCAGCAUUUCUGUUCCUCUGGGUGCAGUUCCAUUUCUUAUGAAAGAGGCUCCGUUGGCCCUCUGAAAGGCCUGAUUUUGUCGGUCAGUAGCAGCAUUCCCACCGAAUUCAGUGUGAGCAGAAGCAAGCCAAAUAAAACAGGAACAGUAAAUUAAGCUAAGUUCUGAAGAGCUCAGCUUCUGCCAGUAGAGCAAACAACCUGGGCUGUGUUAAACUCUCCUCUGGCGGCUGCCGUCUAUGUUACUAGAGGGCUUGGAACCGUCAUCCCAAUGUCUCAAGGUUCUAAUUCUUUCAGGUUUUUUACGGUCUGCAGCUGAUAGAGCCCACUUUCAGAUAAUACUGUUUUCAAUCCCGAUUGUUCCUUUUUUGUGAUUCGUAUUACAGGGCCAGCAACACUCCGGCAUUUUUCCUGUUGUCCCACCAAAUUGUAUUAGCAUUUUG